UAGUAAGGAUCGCAGUGCAUUAUGGGUAACGACACAGUAAACAGAAGCACGUUGAAGAUGGAUCAGUCUGAGCGGAAACAAAUCUCUGACAGUAAAAGAUCAAACAUGUCGGAUGUUUUACGAACCUUUCAGGCUUCUUUCUUCGCGAUGUCUCGUCUGGUCUCGUUUCCCUGGGCAUUUUUAGAAAAAGACCUCGAAAGCAACAAAUCAUCAAACUUAAUUUUAGCCAUCCUGAAACAGACGUGUCUUCACUCUCUGUGCCAGAAGUUUCCUCCAUCAGUCAGAUUCAGGAGGUUGUUCCUCACAGAGAUUAUCAAACGGCAGGAGGCUGCAGGCUGCGAUCCUCUGGACGAGCUGUACGACGCGCUGGCUGAGGUGGUGGGAGCUGAAGAGACGACGGAGUGCUACAAGAGCUACUUACUGCCGAGCGGUGGCGCUGUCAGUCUGCUGGAGAACGUAGCUGUGAUCUCAGAGGGGACGACCGGCCUGGUGACCUGGGAGGCAGCGCUCUACCUGGCUGAGUGGGCUCUGGAUCACCGACAGUCCUUCUCCGACCGGACGGUUCUGGAGCUGGGCAGCGGCGUGGGGUUGACCGGCAUCACCGUCUGUCGCUCCUGCGGCCCGGACAGAUUCGUCUUCAGCGACUGUCACCCCAGCGUGCUGCAGAAACUGCGAAACAACGUGGAGCUGAACGGCCUGACGGAGCGGACGGCUCCGGCUGUCUGUGUGGAGGAGCUGGACUGGACGGCGGUGACGGAGGAGACGAUACGACGGAUCGGAGCUGACACUGUCAUCGCUGCAGAUGUGGUGUACGACCCCGACGUUGUGGGGAUUCUGGUGAAGCUGCUGUCGAAGAUCCUGAGGUGUUCGGGCCCUGCAGUCCUCCCUCAGGUCCUCAUCUGCUCCACCAUCAGGAACCAGGAGACCUACAGCGGCUUCAAGCAGCAGCUCGAGAAUGCAGGAAUCAGCCACCGUGUGAUCACAGAGCCCGUCAGCCACGUGUUUCCUUACAACAGAGACUCGGCUAUAGAACUGAUUCAGCUGUACUCGACACGGCUGUAGAACAAUAAAGAUUUUUUAUUUACAAAU